AUGGCUGGGAUCAAUCGGACAUACGCCCGACGUUCGAGGCUGCGUCGACCAAAGCCAUUGAGGGCCAAUGCACACGUCCCGGCGUGCAAUGUGAACCCAGACAACACCCGGCGGCCCACCCGGCGGCCAUCCAAGCGCCUCAAGCCCGAGAAAGAGAGCGUGAUUGGGCAGGUCCCACUGCAGAGUAGCUCUCCAGCUGACAGUGACAAUGGAGAGGAUCAAGAGGAGGAAGACUCCCGGUCUGAGUAUGACGCUGAUGACGAGUCAGACGAGGAGUCGGUCAUUUCGGAAGAGGAUACAACGCCUCCUACAUCGUCCUGUCGGCCACUGGAAGAAAAUGACAUCAGGUCACUGCUGGAGAAGCACCCUUCCCAAGUCUACGAUUCGAGACCACCCCGAGGAUACAAGAUGCUCCGAAAGCCAAGGAAGAGCAAUCGUCUUGCAUUCGCAUUUCGCGCGGGAGAUGGGUUUUCCGGAGAUGAAGCACGCCCCACGGCACUGAUCCCAGCCAAGAGGAAACGGGUCGAGCCCGUCUUCACCAUGGGCAGUCUGGAACUGGUCCCGCCGGAGCCUCUCGGCAAGAUCCUUCGCGAUGCCGAGCCCGACGAUGACUGCAACCCUGCUCCCGCUUCGACCAACCCCGGCAUCGGUCCUGAGAAUAUUGAAGUUCCCGAGACGCUGGCUGCCGUACCAGUGGAAAUUGAACCCCGAAGCCCCGAGUUGGGUGAGCUCGCCGUGCUGGAUCGAGGAUAUGGUAGUGCCAGCCAAGUGCUCGGCUUUGGCUUCACCAGUCCUGUUUCCCUUGGGCUGAGAAGCUCGCCACCAGGAGAAGACAGUGGGGAAGGGGAGGGGGAACGGGGCACACAAAGAGCAAUCCCCGCAUCUCCUGGUGUACACCUCGAGACAGAACUUGACAGGUCGGAUAUGCCAGAGAUUCCAGACAGUGUGGAACUACCCCAUCGCGGCGUCGAUCAGCCCCUGCUGUCGGAGGCAAUAGACGAUGAGGUGGUUAUCGCGGGGACUAUCGAAAGUGUAUAA